GGAGGACCACAGGACACUCCAGCCAGACUUUUCCACUUGGGCCUUAGGUCAAAAAAGAGAUCAAGAGAUCUGCAAGGGGCCUGGUGGUUCCUGCCCCCAGUUCUUCCCCUAUCCCAAGCAAAAUGCAGUUUCCAUGACAACCUGCUGGCCAGCCUGAGGAGGGGGGACUGAACAUGAGGGAUGAAGAGUGUGGGCUGCACAGGAGGCCGUGGAGUGGGUAGUGGGCACACAGGGCCACACAGGCCUAACUCCCAAGCCACCAUGCCAGCCAGCACAGGAGAGUAGAAGGCUCACAGAGAAGCACCCCACCCCCACCAUCCUGCUCCCUCCCUCUGGCUCCAGUGGAAAGGGUCAAGGGUCAAACUCCAAAGAUCAUUCACUGCCUCUGCCUGGUAGAGGCAGCCUAGCACUGAAGAAUCUCCCACAGCAGGACAUCACCAUCACUGUCACCGUCACCGUCACCAUGCUCAAGGCCAGAGCCACCAGGAUGGUCCCUGGAGGCCCUCUGAGGGUGGGGGUGGUAGGUUAUGGCCGCCUAGGACAAUCCCUUGUGUCCCGCCUUCUGGCUCAGGGAUCCGAACUGGGCCUAGAACUUGUUUUUGUAUGGAACCGUGACCCUGGACGAAUGGCAGGGAGCGUGCCCCCUGCCCUGCAGCUCCAAGACCUUACUGCUCUUGAGGAAAGGCACCCUGACCUUGUGGUAGAAGUGGCUCAUCCAAAUAUAAUCCACGAAUCAGGGGUACAGAUCCUGCGCCACGCUAACCUCCUGGUGGGGUCUCCCUCAGCUCUGGCUGACCAGACCACAGAGCAGCGGCUCAUGGAGGCUUCAAACCACUGGGGUCACACUGUGUUUGUGGCCCGAGGAGCCCUGUGGGGGUCUGAAGACAUUAGGAGAUUGGAUGAAGCUGGAGGCCUCCAGAGCCUUCGAGUCACCAUGGCCACACAUCCUGACGGCUUCCGGCUGGAGGGAUCCCUGGCUGCAGCACACAGCAGUGGACCCCGCACAGUGCUCUACGAGGGUCCUGUGCGUGGACUCUGCCCCUUGGCCCCCCGAAACUCUAACACCAUGGCAGCCGCUGCCCUGGCUGCCCCCAGUCUAGGCUUCGACGGUGUCAUUGGGGUGCUUGUGGCUGACCUUAGCCUCACAGACAUGCACGUGGUGGACGUGGAGCUGAACGGCCCCCCAGGCCCCCCAGGCCACAGCUUCACCGUGCACACCCACAGGGAGAACCCAGCCCAGCCUGGAGCUGUCACCGGCUCUGCUACUGUCACAGCCUUCUGGCACAGCCUACUGGGUGCGGUCAGGCCCCUCCAAGGGUCCCCUGGCCUUUGUAUUCUGCAGAACUAACAUGUUGGUGUCCCACCCGUUUUCUGUCUUUGCCCACCGUUAGUUUUCACCCCCAGGCUUUCUGGGUCUCUCCCCAGCUCAACUUCUCUGAGUCUCAGAGACUCUUGUCUCUCCACUCACACCUCACGCCUCUUUCUGGGUAUCCUCUUUGGGUUAUACCACACUACCAUUUCCAAAGCCCACGGUCGCCAUGGCCGCCUGGGUGUCUGUGUC